UCAUCGCCCCUCGCCUAGGCUGCGUCCCGCCGCGUUCUCGCGUGAGGAGAGGCGCGAAGCUAAGCUUCAACAAUCCCCGUGCGGUCUUCUCUCGCCUUGGAAGCAGACGAGGCGGGUGUCCCUUCCUCCCCGGCGCUGGGCCCUCACGCUGUCUGUUGGGACCCGCCACCUCCCUCGUUUUUUCCUGCGAUACAGUGGAUACAAUUUGCCACAGCUACUCUGAGUGUUAUAGGUUCGAGUUCGCUUAUUACUUAUGCUACGUUCCAGAACCCACAAACGUCUGCAGAGGUGAGAGUCUCUUUCCAUUGAGUUUGAACUGCUGGUGACUUCGCCUUUGACAAUAAUCAGAAAAGAGCUGGAUGUGGCGAAGAAAGCCUUUAAUCCCUGCACUCCGGAGGCAGAAGCAGAUAAAAUCACUCUUUUAUCUGAGCUUUUCUGACCUGCUCCUGGGAAUCUGCUGGCUCAUAAAGGCACUUCUCUAUGGAACUUCAGCAGCCCACAAGGACAGCAUCUGCUAUAACCUACAGACAGUUGGGGAGAUACUGUACAUUGCCUCACUCCUCUACACUGUCAAUUACAUCUGGUAUCUGUACUCAGAGCUGAGGAUGAAAUACUGCCAGAGCAGACAGAGCACAGCUGCACAGGUAAUAGAUCAUACUUGCCAAGGUGGUAACAUAGUGUUCAUUUUGUCAAGCCUGAUCCCACCGCUGUUGAUGACACCUGUACUCAGCCUGGGCAAUGUCAGUGGAUGCUCCCACAACUUCAGCCAGAGCCACAGGUGUAUCCUAAUGCACUCACCACCAUCAGCUAUGAUUGAACUCCUGCCUUCCACCAACACAUCUGUCUGUAGCACACUGUAUUUUUAUGGUGUCACUGUUUUCCUGGCCAGCUUUUUCUUCGGCCUCCUCCUCAUCACGGUCUUACUCCUCCACACCCAGACAUUGUAUAAGAAGUUUGUGAAAUCGACAGGCUUUCUGGAGAGUGAGCAGUGGGCAGUGAUUUACAUUGUGAGUCAGCGAGUCCGCUUCUUCCUGGUGGCCUUUGUAUGCUGCUGGGGCCCAGCUGUCACAUUGCUGAUCAUAAAACUGGUCAAGCCACAGGAUACCUUAUUGCACAUGGUCUUCUCUGUGCUCCAGGCUCUCACAGCAGCAUCCCAGGGUCUGCUCAACUGUGGCGUAUAUGGCUGGACACAGUGCAAGUUCCAGCAGCUAAAGCGUGAGCUUCGCUGUGAUGCAGACACCCAGACCCCAUUGCUGUGUUCACAGAAGAGAAUCUAUAGCAGGAGCCUGGGCCUAUGCCCACCGGACUCUUCCCUUGCUUUUGUUCCCAGCUCUUCCACCGUUCUUUGAAACUGGAACAAGCAGGAAGGGAAUGUUUCAUGUGAGUGGACUCUGCAGGUCUGCAGGGAGAACCCCCAUCUCUUCUGGCCAUACCCCAGACUGAAGAACUGCAAGGCAAUGUAGGGCUGUGGUCAGUGGGGAUUCUGGGUGAAUUAGGAAGGAUCUCUCCAGUUGCUCGUUCAGGGAGAUAUAGCCACUUUCCAUCUAAGAGACUCAUUACUUUUCAAAUACAAGAUUUAUUUACAUUUCUUCAAGAAAAAUAAAUUUCAGGUUCAUA